UACACAUGACUUACACAUUGUUUGCUGUGAACUGACUCGCGAUGACUGAUGUGAUGGCAAUCAGUGAUCACAUCAGGACUUAUGCUGUGAUUCCCGCCGCCGGAAGAGGUCUACGAUUGGCCGAAGACUCAUCGCUUCCCAAACAAUACACCAUUGUUUGUGGCAAACCAUUGAUUUAUCACACAAUCAACGCAUUCCUCCGAAUCAAAUGGAUCGACAAAUUGAUUGUUGUCUUCGACGCCGAGAACUCGAAACUAAUGGAGGAAAUCGUCGGAUCGAUUGGUCAC